AUGAAGAAAGGCAAGAGGAAGAACUCCAAGGCCCGACGCCGCGGCUCGACGUCCCAGCACGCGAGCUCCGAGUCCACCCCCCAACAGCAGCAGAGCAUCGAGGCCAGCCCCCAACAGUCCAGCUGUGGAGCUACGCCACAGCAGACCGCCCCCGGGGCCACCCCACCGCAGCCCAACCCCGGGGCCACCCCGCAGCCGCCCAGCUCCGGAGCCAUCCUGGCGCAGCCCAACUCGGGGUCCACCCCACCACAAGCCGAUUCCGGGACCAGUUCGCAAACCAGCUCUGACUGUUCCCCUCAACAGCUCGCGACCCAGGCUCCCACCACUACCCCCAAAGUCAGCCAGUCGGCUCGUUGCGUGUCAUCCCGGGAAAACAGCUCAAAAGGCUCCCGGUGCAGGAAAUCAGGGGCUCGAGAGGGCCUGCUGCCCAUCUGUUCCUGUUCCGCUUGCCCCGGCAACUCUGCCUGCUGGCGUCACCUGGGCGUGUGCCACAGCCGCAUCUUCGAUGCCCUGCUGCCUCGAGCCUGGCCGACCAUGCCAGGGAGAGACCUCCCCAACCUCCUCACCUUCUACAGAAGACCUGCAAGGAAACACUCCUCCUCUCACCGCAAUCCGCGUGCUCCAAGCUCUCGGGACUGCUGCUGUAGCUCUGGGGGCCCUGGGCGCUGCGUAUUACAUCGCUGAGUCCCUGUGACCAGCCCCAGGCCCGCGGUC